UGUAAAUCAUGUCUGGCAUGGACAUCGAUUAUUGUAUAUUCCUGAAAUCGACUCAAAUUUCGAUUUAUCUAGUACAACAUAUAGUUACAGUUAAAUUGAUAAAAAAAUCAUUUACGAGCAUAAAUCAAUAAAAGUAGAAAAACGGGAGAAAAACAUUUGUUAUCAAAUGUUAUCUAUUAUCAAUAUUCUACGUGGGAAUUUCAACAAGAUGUUUUGCGAAGCAAUUUUAAUGGUAAUGGAUUUGCAUCAAACUAACAUUCAGUUCUUAAACUCAAUUCUGUAGCUAAGGUUCGAAUUAGUAGCUGCAUUUAUUUCAAUGGGCUAUUGGUCGGAAUUGAAAGCCUGGCUGUUAAAGGACCCGGCAAAACUUAUUCGUUAUUUAGUUCUAUUCAUCUGUUGUGUUAUUGUUAUUGUGCAGUUAUAUGAGUGUUUUUCAAAAUUGGAUAAUCCGCCAAUAUCCACACAUUCUUAUUACAAUUUAAACGAAACGAUUGAAAUGCCAGCUAUAACAAUAUGUCGUGAUCCUCCCUAUAAAACUAAAGAAUUAAAAAAAAUAUCCGGUAAUGACUGUACACAUCCAAAAUAUAGCAGUUGUUGGUCUGAUUAUCCUUAUGAUGAUGUUGAAUUAUUGGAUUUUUUUACAAAUACAACUUUUAAUGAAAGUGAAACAUUUUCCAAAUACCAAUAUGGAUUAAAUGGAUUCGAAGAAUUUGUGGAAAUCACGGAUAGUUUACAUUUCUAUAUGGGACGUUGUCAUACGAUACGACCAAAAAUAUCUCUCAAACGAGCAAGUAAAUCGACCGGUUAUGCGAUUACGUUAAAACACCAUCUUACUAAAGAAGAAAUAAAGACGGGAUUCUUUGAAAAUCCGCCAGGUUGGCAUUUAUAUAUACAUGAUAUGAGAGAAAAUUUUACGGAGAUAAAUAUGAAAGCUUCGGGUCGGGUGGAAUAUGUAUUUGCCGAUAUAAAUGAAGAUAUCGAAAUUAAAUUACAGAGUCAGUAUUUUUCAAAUAUUGAAACGAAACAAAAUUAUUGUAAUCGAAAAGAGGGCUACAGUGAUUUAAAGUGUGGUGAAAUUUGUAUUUGGCAUGAAUUGGGUAGAAAAUCAAAUUGUUCUGGACCCUGGAUGCCUGAUGCUCAUUGGCCUCACUGUUCGAAUUACAAGACAAUGAUGAAACUUAUUGGCGAAUAUGGAAAAGUUUAUGAUAGCGAUGAUGAUCGUGUCGACUGUAAUUGUGCACAACCCUGUGAAUCGAGAAUAUUUUCCGCUUACAUUCAAAAUCGUAAAAGUUUUGCUUAUGCCGAACCCAAUACUCAAAUCUAUAUAUAUUAUACCACAAAAUUAAUAUCCCAGAUGAUCGAAGAGCGACCAAGUUACGAUACAACACAAUUUAUAGCCGAUGUUGGCGGUUCUUUGGGUUUCCUCUUGGGUCUAUCUGUCUUGGGUUUAAUUGGCAUUUUAGAACAUAUAACUCUCUUGUUAUGCGGUGGGGUCAUUAAGAAAAUGCAACAUAAAAAUGAAAAACGUAUUAAGGACCAUGAAGAGUUGGAUAAAGAUUCAGAAACUACAGUUGAUAUCGCUACUAUUUAUAAAGCUAAAUAUUAAAAUGUUGUUUAACAUAUAGCCCCAAUAUAUUUUUAUUAAUAUUGUAAAUGUAAUAACCCAGGAAAAACUUUAGAACUUGUUCUAAAAACUACUAGUUCUAGAACGAGUGAAAACAGCACCACUUCAGAUUCUUAAACAACAGUCUUGGAUCUAGUAGUGUCGCCAUUAAUUCUGGAACCCGCUGAUUAGAAUACUGUUGUGGUUCUUAAAUACUUCUAAAUAGUUUUCAAGGAACUAGUUCUUUGAAACUAGUUAUACAUUGCUACUGCACUAGUUCAA